CUGCGAGCCGACAUGGUUUGACUGCUCUCUAAGGGGAAGUUUCAGGAAAUGCAGCAGGUGGAGGAGCCGAGGGAAUGAACUGUGUACUGUCCUCUCGUUAGCGUCCUGGGCUAGCUGCUGUGUUACUUGAAGGUGCCUGUGGGAAAAGUCGGACAGAGAAACAACUGCGCACUCUUUCACACGGUCAGGUGGCACCAUGGAUGAAAACAACCCCAAUGACUCUAAUGUAAAGGUCGCUGUUCGUGUGCGACCAAUGAACAGGAGAGAAAAAGAGCUGAAGACAAAAUGUGUGGUGGAGAUGGAGGGGAACCAGACAAUUCUACAUCCGGCCAUCGCCAGCAUGAACAAAGGAGACCCUCGAAAUCAGCCAAAGGUUUUCGCCUACGACCACUGCUUCUGGUCAAUGGAAGAGAAUGACAAAGACAAGUUUGCAGGUCAGGAUGUAGUGUUCCAGUGCCUUGGGGAGAGUCUGCUGGACAACGCCUUCAUGGGCUACAACGCAUGCAUCUUCGCUUAUGGACAGACAGGCUCUGGGAAGUCGUACACCAUGAUGGGCUCAGUGGAGCAGCCCGGUCUGAUCCCGCGGCUCUGCAGCUCCCUGUUCAGCAGGACUGUGCAGGAGGCCCAGGAGGGAGAGAGCUUCACCGUGGAGGUCUCCUACAUGGAGAUUUACAACGAGAAGGUCCGAGACCUGCUUGACCCCAAAGGAAACCGACAAGCUCUGAGAGUGAGAGAGCACAAAGUUUUGGGGCCUUACGUGGAUGGUCUGUCCCGCCUGGCUGUGGCCUGCUACAAGGACAUCGAGUCUCUGAUGUCAGAGGGAAAUAAAUCUCGCACAGUGGCGGCUACAAAUAUGAACGAAGAGAGCAGCAGGUCCCACGCUGUGUUCAACAUCAUCCUCACACACACACUCAUGGACCUCAAGUCUGAGACGAGCGGAGAGAAGGUGAGCAAGCUGAGUCUGGUGGAUCUGGCCGGCAGUGAGCGGGCAGCGAAGACCGGAGCAGCGGGGGAGCGUCUGAAAGAAGGCAGCAACAUCAAUAAGUCCCUCAGUACUCUGGGGUUAGUUAUCUCUGCUUUGGCCGACCAGGGAGCGGGGAAGAACAAAAGCAAGUUUGUUCCCUACAGAGACUCCGUGCUCACCUGGCUGCUCAAGGAUAGCCUGGGAGGGAACAGCCGCACAGCCAUGGUCGCCACCAUCAGCCCGGCUGCAGACAACUAUGACGAGACGCUGUCCACCCUGCGCUACGCCGACAGGGCCAAGAGCAUCAUCAACCACGCCGUGGUCAACGAAGACCCCAACGCUAGGAUCAUCAGAGAGCUCCGAGAGGAAGUGGAGAAACUGAAGGAGCAGCUCACAGAGGCGGAGUCUAUGAAGGCCCCUGAGCUGAAGGACAGGCUGGAGGAGUCUGAGAAACUGAUCCAAGAAAUGACCGUCACCUGGGAGGAGAAACUCAGGAAGACUGAAGCUAUAGCACAGGAGCGUCAGAGGCAGCUGGAGAAUUUGGGCAUUUCUCUGCAGUCAUCAGGAAUCAGAGUGGUGGAUGACAAGUGUUUUCUGGUCAACCUUAAUGCUGACCCCGCCCUCAACGAGCUGCUGGUCUACUACCUGAAGGAGCAUACGCGUGUGGGCUCAGCUAACUCCCAGGACAUCCAGCUGUGUGGGAUGGCCAUUCAGGCUGAGCACUGCGUCAUCGACAUCACCGAGAACAACGGCGUGGUGCUCAGUCCUCACCGCAAUGCUAGAACAUGCGUGAACGGUGCUGUGGUCACCAGUCCGGUGCAGCUGCAUCACGGAGACAGAAUCCUGUGGGGAAACAACCACUUCUUCAGGAUCAACCUGCCCAGGCACAUGGUCCACGCAGGAGCUGAGGAUGAGGAGGGCGGCGCCGCGAUGAAGACGUGCUUGAGCACCGACCAGCUGGAGGUGGACUUUGACGCGUCCAGCGACGUGUCGAGCGAGCUGAGCUUCGGCUACGAGUUUGCUCAGGCCGAGGUCAUGAUGAAAGGCAUGGGCAACAACGACCCUUUGCAGUCGGUGUUACAGACCCUGGAGAGGCAGCAUGAGGAGGAGAAGCGCUGCGCCCUGGAGCGGCAGAGGCAGAUGUAUGAACAGGAGCUGCAGCAGCUCCGCCGCCGGCUCACUCCUGAGAAACCCUCCCACCUGCUGGACCCGUCGGGCCUGCCGCCCAGUGCUGCUGCCGCCACCGCCGCUGUGACAUCACCCAGCUCCCACAAACGCAUGCGGCGCUGGAGCGAGGACAGAGAAGCGAUGAUGACUCGCAGCCUGCGGCGCCUCAGGGAGCAGAUAGUUCGGGCCAACCUGCUGGCACAGGAGGCAGGCUUCAUAGCCGAGGAGCUCAGCAAGAGGACAGAGUACCUGGUCACCCUGCAGAUCCCUGCCGCCAACCUCGAUGCCAACAGGAAGCGUGAUGCAGUAUUGAGUGAGCCGGCGAUCCAGGUUCGCCGUAAAGGUAAAGGGAAGCAGAUUUGGGCUCUGGAGAAGAUGGAGAACAGGCUGGUGGACAUGAGGGAGCUCUACCAGGAGUGGAAGGAUUUUGAUGAAGACAACGCUGUGAUGCGCUCCUAUUUCAAACGUGCCGACCCGUUCUUCGACGAGCAGGAGAACCACAGUCUGAUUGGUGUGGCCAACGUCUUCCUGGCCUGCCUGUUCCACGACGUCAAACUGCAGUACGCAGUGCCCAUCAUCAACCAGAAAGGAGAGGUGGCAGGUCGGCUGCAUGUGGAGGUGUGGCGGGGCACAGAGGGUUCAGAGGAGGAGGGUCCCGGGCAGUGUGACAGUGAGCAGAGCAUCACAGAUGGAGAGCUGCAGGAGCGCAGACUGGACUGUGUGGUGAGAGUCCUCCAUGCCAAUGGGCUGCCUCGCCACCUGUCCAACUUUGUCUUCUGUCAGUACCACUUCUGGGGACAGGAGGAGUCGGUGUUUGUCGCUCCAGAGAUGGAGCCGUCCAGCUCGUCCUCCACCUCCAGAGACCCUCAGUGCACCGUGGUGUUCGACAGCGCCAAGGAGUUCUCUGUGCCAGUGUCGGAGGACUUUGUGGAGUUUUUGGCGGAGGGGGCGGUGGCCAUCGAAGUGUACGGCCACAAGCAAGCCAACCACCGCAGGAAUCUGGCUCUGUGGGACCUGGGAGUGAUCCAAGCCAAGACCAGGACCCUCAGAGAGAGGUGGAGCGAGGUGACACGUCGCCUGGAGCUGUGGGUGCAGCUGAUGGAGCUGAACGAGGCGGGAGAGUUCACAGCUGUCGAAGUUCUUCCUGCUAAAGACGUGCGCACAGGAGGCGUGUUCCAGCUGCGACAGGGUCAGUCCCGUCGGGUCAAGGUGGAGGUGCGAUCGGUCCCGGAUUCAGGCACCAUGCCCCUCAUCGUCGCCUCCAUCCUCAAUGUGUCCAUCGGAGACGUCAAGGUCCAACAGAUGCGUCUCUCCAAAGGCAGCGAAUCACAAUGGGGUGGAGAUGAAGAAAUGGACAGCUACCAAGAGGUGGACCUGGAGAGGAUGAGGGAACAGUGGCUGGUCACACUCACACAGAGACAGGAAUAUCUGGACCAGCAGCUUCAGAAGAUAGUUUGCAAACCAGAUAAGUCAGAGGACGAUGUAGAGAGGGAGUCCCAGCUGCUGGAGUGUCGCCUGACGCUUACCGAAGAGCGCAACGCUGUCCUGGUGCCGUCAGCUGGCAGUGGCAUCCCUGGAGCGCCUGUGGAGAGGGUUCCAGUCCCUGGAAUGGAAACACACAUUCCUGUCCUCUUCCUGGAUCUCAGUGCGGAUGAUUUCCAGUCCAGUCUCUCAGCCCCGCUGGCCGGGGGUCUGGACGCGCUGCUCGGCGGGGAGGACGACGAUGACUUCUUUGACCUUCAUAUUGUUAAAAACUACGAUCCAGAGGUGAAGGUGGAGGCCUCCUGGGACUCCACAGUCCACGAGUGCCCCCAGCUUAGCCGCGUGACGUCAGCUGACCAGAGGGUCUACCUGACUGUUAGCACAGUGGUUCAGCUGAGCCACCCCGCACACAUGCAGCUGGUACUUAGGAAACGCAUUUGCGUCAAUGUCACCGGGAGACAGGGUUUUGCUCAGAGCCUGCUGAAGAGGAUGUCUCAGCGCAGCACCAUCCCUGGCUGCGGAGUCACCUUUGAAAUCGUUUCUAACAUCCCAGGAGACAUCCACGGUCCAGAGGACAGGGAGAUGUUGGCCAGGCUGGCUGCAAGCGCCGAGGACGAACAGUCAGCUGACAGCGAGGCGGCCAUAGAGAAAUACCUGCGCAGCGUCCUGGCUGUGGAGAACAUCCUCACUCUGGACAGACUCCGACAGGAGGUGGCUGUGAGGGAACAGCUGGCCGUCAGAGGGAAAGCUACCAGGCGCUGCCUGAGCUCUCCAAACAUUAACCGGCUGUCAGCCAGCAGUCUGGACCUCUACUCCUCCACUCAUAGACUCAAUGACUUCAAGGGCUGGGAGAGCCACCAGGACCUUUCUUUUGUGCCUCCCCCAUCCAGACGCACACUGCCCAGCUCCAUAUCCCAGAACCUGAACCCAGAGACAGGCUUUGCUGCGUCUUAUCUCUCUCCAGUGAAGGCCGUACCCAAGCUGCUGAAGUCACUGCUUCCUGGUGGGAAGGAAGAUAGCAGAGAGCAGACAGCUGUCCAUCAGCAGAGUUUGCCUCGCAUCAUGGUGCAGUCAGCCAGCGUUGAAGAAGGCAUCAGCAAACAGCAGCAGCCGGUUCCCAUUGACGAAAUCAUUCCUCCAGACCUCCAAUCAGAGAGCCCCAGAUCAGUGCCCCUCCCCCCGCCAAUCAUCCCAGACACAGAAGACUCCACCCCCAGCCCACUGAGCGAAGACUCCAGCGGAUACAUGUCAACCAGCAUAUCUACAGCAACACUGUCAGACGUCUACACCCUGAGCUGGGACCUGCCUCCAUCAUCCGGAAACAGAGCAGACGGCUUCGAGGUGGUGCCAGACGAAGAGGAGGAGGACAAAAAAGUGACACAAUCUGAUACUGCCCCUGAGCCUUUUGUUGUGGACCAAUCAGAGCCUCGGGAGUCAUUGUUGGUAUUGGACGAUAAGGCAGCUGAAGAGAGGACUGACUCACCGCAGUCCAACCCAGACCACACUCUAUCAGAUUCAAACCUGAGUCACCAAGAACCAAAUCAGUCCCCAUCAGUCCAGUUGGAGGAGCAAGAAGAGCCUGGUUCAGUCGCAGAAUCAGACUUACUUUGCCAGAAAAGACACAUGCAAGACUCAGCAACUGCACAUAUCGAAUCAGAACCAUCCGAUAGUUCGGAGACGCUUACAGGUGUAUUUUUAGUACAAGAGAAUGAACCCAAACAGACAGAGUUUUCACAAACAGACCACUUAAAACCAGAAUCCCAUCUGACAGAAGAACUGGAGCUUACUGCCACAGACAAGACAGAAACUGAACUGUCACUCCACUGCCAAACACAACCUGCACAAGAAGGUCAAAGUCAGUCUGAGACAGUCAUCCUACAGACACAGCAGCCAAAACAAGACCAAACAACCUUCGACAGUGCUCAAGAUCCAGCUCCAAGUCUGGCCCCAGAUGUGUCUGAAGUCUUGGCUCCACCUCCUGCUCCAUCUGGAGAUUUGGUUCCUCCAGCUUCAUCCGGAGAGCAAGCCACUUCUGAGGCCUCAGACACAAGUGGGACCUCAAUCCUGACUUCAUCUUCAACCACAGAUGAAGUCCAACAGGAAGCAUCCCAAAAAACCCCCUCAGCCCCCACCCCAUCUCUGUCCACUAUUAGUUCCACUGGUGCAAACCCCUUCAAGAUCCAGAGGGUGAAGUCUUCAGACCUCAAGUCCUUUCAGCCUAUUGUGAGCGAGGAGGAUAAGCCUGCACAGGUGGAUCGGGCCAGCAGUCUCGGGAAAGGACUGAACCUCACUGUGCCCAUGGAGAGCCUGGAAAUUAUCUCCGACUCCGAGGACGGAGACGCAACUGCAGUUCUGCCUGAUUGGUUGAAGGAGGGGGAGUUUGUGACUGUGGGGAACAAUAAGAGCGGCACCGUCCGUUAUAUCGGACCCACAGACUUUGCAGAGGGUACCUGGGUGGGAGUGGAACUGGAGGUACCAGCUGGAAAGAACGACGGUUCAGUGGGUGGGAAGCACUACUUCCACUGUAACCCUGGUUACGGCUUGCUGGUGAGGCCAGACAGGGUGAGCCGGGGCGGCAACAAGCGCCGGCGCCAACAGCAGAAGCGUCGCAGUGCCAACCUGUCUGGAUCCAGUCCCAACCUGGCAGCCCUUACCGCUCUUGCCAAAGGUGAAGGUGGUGGGGCAUCAAUGGGCCGCAGCAGAGGAGAGAACCGCAAGUCGUGGAACACUUGAGAGGCUCGGUAUCGACUUAUUUGUGGACACCUUUAUGCAGCAGCUGGUUGAUGUGAUUAAAGGGUAAGCUUUCAAAAAGAGUGGCAAUACAGUGUUGUGUUAGGGCAGAUGGACUCCAGCCUCCACUGUACGUGAUCCUUUACUGUAAGUUUGGGCGACACAUGGUUGAGUUCACACUCGAUUGUUUGGAGAGGGAACCCUCUCAACCCUCAUCCAUUAAAGAGUAACUAAAUGCCCCCCGCUUUUGGUGCAAGUGCCUCCUCCCUGGAAUGUGAAAAAAAGUCAAAAAUGGGCAGGGCUUAGAGGAGAGCUAAGACAUACCCAGUAACCCAGUCGUGCAACCUCUUGAUCCACAGCACCUCCCUGCCCCGCAACUGCAUCCUACUUAAUGUAGUCAGUAAUCAAACUACAAAGACAAUAUAAUUUUAAACAGAAAAUGUGAAUUAUUUUUGGUAUAUAAAUCCAAAUUACCCUUCCUCUGUAAUUAAUUUCAAUUUUAAAAUAGUAGAUGUUGUAGUCUGUAAUGGAUUAAUAUCAUAAUCAAAGGACUGUCUCAAAAUCAGCACAUUUUCCUUUCAGUGUUCUGCCACUUGCAAGAGUGUAUUUACUCGUAGAGUUAAAUGUUAGUAGUAUCUAAAGUUCGCUGUACAACACAGCGAGACUCCAAAGAUCAAACACCUUCAUGAGCUCAGAUAUCUGCUGUUCAGACUGUGUAAUGCAGCUGCAUGUUUCAAUAGAUGUCCAAGUAUUGCAAUUUUUUUUCCUGCAAUGGUUUAUUUUAAAUUUUUGCCUUGAAAUAUUCUGACUAUUAUUCGACAGAUGUGCCUUAGUGAUGUUCCACUAAAUUCUGUGCUGUUGAGAACCGGAGCUUAUUAGAGCUCUUGAAUGUGUGUUUCUACUGUUAAAAGGAAGAACUUGCACUCUUUUUUUUCAGACAAAUUCUACUGAAAAAUUUUCAACAUUUAUUAAUCAACUUCAAGCAUGUGUGUCAAGAUUGAUUGGAAGGAACUUCAUUUUAAAUAGAGAUGAUGUGUGGCACAUUUUGGGGAACUUUUAAAUUAUACUGUGUGAAUGGGAAUCUUUGGGGAUUUUGUUGGUUGGAGCACAUGUACUGUAGUAUUAAUUUUUGUCAGGUAAAUAAGAUAUUUUAUACUAUGCCUCAAUGCAUAUUUAUUUUAAGAUGGAGACAUGUAUUGAUAAUGAGACGCAAAAUCAACUUUUUAUAUUGUUAAUAAAUAAAUAAAUGUCAUUCUGCUCA